UCGGAGGAUUCGCUUUUCCUUACCCUCGAAGAAACCGCGUUAUCUCAGUUCUUUUCAUCUUCUAAAUCGGCUGUCUUCUGUAACUCUGUAAAUACUAGUACUACUACGUUUUCUUUUUAUUAGAAUAGAGCCCUAAUUUUAAAUCUCAUCUAAAUGGAUGAUUAUGGAGUCCCACAAAGCGAAACAUUGAGCACUCAUAUUGAUUUUGGAAAUUUUCUUGAUGAUCCAAUGUUCGACCCUUUUUUCCUCUCCGAUCUAUCGGCUGAUGGGUCGGCCGGGGAGGUCGCGAUUCGGUCUUCAGAUCCGGUUUCCUCGUGGUUCAGCGAUGUCGAGCACUUGUUGAUGAAAGACGACGACGAUAGGGUCGUUGCAGAACAGCCGAAUCUCGAAUCUUCGAUUGAUUAUAUGUCGGAUUUUCUUCUUGAAUCGCCGGUUGAGUCCGAUCGAUCAGGUGAUGUUUCUUAUGGGAAGAAUUCACCUGUUGAGACGGAUCCAUCCGGUGAUGUUUCUGUUGAAAAGAAUUCGCCUGUUGAGUCCGAUCGAUUGGGUCAUGUUUUUAAUGAGAAGAAUUCGCCUGUUGAGUCCGAUCGAUCAAGUGAUGUUUCUGUUUGGAAGAAUUCGAAUAUAGUUUUUGAAUCGCCUGUUGAAUUUGAGUCCGAUCCAGCCGGUGAUGUUUGUGAUGGGAAGAAUUCGGAUACUUCGGAGGAGGAUGAGAAGGAGAAACUUGGAGAAACGCGGGAGGAGGAAAACAAUGGAGAUGGUGAUGACCUGAACAGCAAGAAGCGGAAAAGGCAAUUGAGAAACAGGGAUGCUGCUGUGAGAUCAAGAGAGAGGAAGAAAAUUUAUGUGAGGGACUUGGAGAUGAAGAGUAGGUACUUCGAAGCAGAAUGCAAGAGGUUGGGGAUGUUGCUUCAGUGCUGUUUUGCUGAAAAUCAAGCAUUACGCAUUUCCUUGCAGAAUAUAAAGGCCGUUGAUGCUACCAUGCCAAAGCAGGAGUCUGCUGUGCUCUUAUUGGAAUCCCUGCUGUUGGGUUCCCUGCUUUGGUUCCUGGGCAUCGUCUGCCUGUUCAUUGUGCCCAAAGCGCACCAAUCAACUCUGGAACUAGUUCCAGCAGAAAGCGUGGAGCACGAAAACCAGGGAAAGCUGUCUCCAAAAAAGGCAGGAAGUAAGAUAUUUGUACUUCCGCUAGUCAAGCCCUAUAUCAUGAGCAAGAGAUGCAAAGCUUCAAGGUCAAGGAUUAAACCAAGUUUUUCUUCUGUAGAGGUUCUGGUGUGAUCGACCAUGGCACCCUCUCUCUCUCUAUCUCUAUGUGUUUUCGAGUUUCUUGAUUAGUAUGUUCCCAUGAACUCGUAUUGAUAUGAACACUUAACUCCAUCUUUAGGUAAUUUUGUCGUUUUAAAUACAAAUUGGUUUAUUUUUAUGAGGUUGA